CCAAGAUGGCGUCAGUUUCCUCGUAAGCCAGAGUGACGAGACGAGUCUCAGUCAGAUCAUUCAGUCGGCUAAAAUCAUGGCGUCCGCCAGUACGGGGAGCAGGGUAUCCUGCGGGAGAGAUUUGAACUGUGUGCCGGAGAUAGCCGACACGUUAGGCGCGGUCGCCAAACUCGGGUUUGACUUCCUCUGCAUGCCCUUGUUCCACUCGAGGUUCAGGAGAGAGUUUGAGUUGGAGCCCGCUAAAUCCCGAUCCGGUGCCCAGACCCGGUCAGACCUGCUGCUGUGUGGAAGAGAUUGGAACACUCUGAUUGUUGGGAAGCUCUCACCAUGGAUCGACGCAGAUUCAGAAAUCGAGACAGAGCGCAGAAACUCAGAGGCUGCUCUGGCACAGGAGUUAAACUUCUCAGCCUACCUGGGUCUGCCUGUCUUCAUGAUCCCUGUAAAGGGUCCUCAUAACGCCAAUCUCGCCCGCAUGCUGCUAAAUCACAUCCAAACUGGACACCACACCUCCAAUUUCUGGAUACGUGUCCCGCUGAUGGCUUCAGAGGACAUGCGGGAAGAUCUGAUUGAGAACGAACCGAACACUUGCAUCGAUGAUGAUGCAGGUGUUGAUGAGAAGACCUGGAGCUGGUGGCACUCAUUCAGAACCCUUUGUGAUUACAACAAGAGGAUCUGUCUUGCGAUUGAAAUUGGAGCGGACAUGCCGUCAGAUGCAGUGAUUGACAAGUGGCUCGGGGAACCUAUCAAAGCAGCCAUACUUCCAACCAGCAUCUUCCUCACUAAUAAGAAGGGCUUCCCUGUUCUGUCAAAAGCCCAUCAGCGAAUAAUCUUCUCUCUUUUUAAGUUGGAGGCCCAGUUCAUCUUCACAGGAACCAGUCGCCACACUGAGAAGGACUUCCGAUCCUACCUUCAGUACCUGGAAUACCUCAACCAGAACCGGCCUACUCCCAAUGCCUAUGAGCUCUUCGCUAAGGGUUAUGAAGACUACCUGCAGUCUCCCCUCCAGCCGCUCAUGGACAACCUGGAGUCUCAGACAUAUGAAGUGUUUGAGAAGGAUCCUAUUAAAUAUUCACAGUACCAACAGGCUGUAUAUAAAUGUCUACUUGACAGAGUUCCAGAGGAGCAGAAAGACACAAAUGUUCAAGUGCUGAUGGUGUUAGGAGCAGGCAGGGGUCCGCUGGUCAACGCGUCCCUACGUGCUGCCAGACAGGCGGACAGGAAGCUGAGGGUGUACGCUGUGGAGAAAAAUCCCAAUGCUGUAAUCACGCUGGAGAACUGGCGCUUUGAGGAGUGGGGCGAUCAGGUGUCAGUGGUGUCGUGUGACAUGCGGGAGUGGGCAGCACCUGAGAAAGCCGACAUCAUUGUGAGCGAGCUGCUUGGAUCGUUUGGUGACAAUGAACUUUCUCCAGAGUGCUUAGAUGGAGCACAGCACUUCCUCAAAGAUGAUGGAGUGAGCAUUCCCUGUUCUUACACAUCCUUCCUCGCUCCCCUGUCCUCCUCCAAGCUUUACAAUGAAGUACGGGGUUGCCGGGAACGCGACAAGGACCCAGAGUGCCACUUUGAGACACCCUAUGUAGUGCGCCUCCAUAACUUCCACCAGCUGGCUGACCCCAAACCGUGCUUCACCUUCACACACCCUACAACAGAUAUGAACAAUAACCGGUAUCAGUGCCUCAGAUUCUCAGUGGGUUGUAACUCGGUGCUCCAUGGCUUUGCUGGCUACUUUGAGACCACGUUGUACAAAGAUGUCACACUCAGUAUAAAACCAGAUACACAUUCACCUGGAAUGUUCUCUUGGUUCCCCAUACUCUUCCCCCUCAAACAACCCAUCUCCAUAUCCCGGGAUGAUGAUGUCACAGUGCGAUUCUGGCGCUGCAACAACGGGAAGAAGGUGUGGUAUGAAUGGGCCGUGACCGAGCCCUCCUGCUCUGCUAUCCACAAUCCGGCAGGACGCUCCUACACUAUUGGCCUGUGAAGAUGACACAUCAGCGCAUACACACACACACACGUUUCUGUAGGACUCGUGGAGGUGCCCUGGCUCUUUUUAUAUACACGGUUACAACCUGGACUUGUGGUGCAAACCCCCUUAAAGUGUGGUCUGACUUUUAAAAUGACCAGUGGUAGGUACUUCUGAGCCAGCAAUAAAAAAAAAAUUUAAAAAGUAAAAAUAAAAAACGGUGAUUGAAUAAAGCAGAUUUUAUUAUCUGUGUUUUUCAGAAGUUAGCCGGUUUCAGCAGGCAUGAACUAACACCUGUACACAAAGUGUAUCGCUGCUGUGGGAUUGACUCACUCGGAUAAGGAACAUCUCACCACUGGUUUAUUUUCUAAGGUCUUCUCUUCCCUACUGUUCUGAAAAGGUGUUUCACACAUACACACUCAAUCCAACCGGACCUCUGCCUUAUCAAACACACAUUCCAUACCGAUACUUACUCUCCUCAACACAAGAGGGUCACAAGAAGGUUAGUCUGUUCAGGUUUGGGGGUUGUCUCUUCAUACCUUUUGUUGUGUGUUUUUUGUUUUGCUUUUUUUUUUGUUUUUUUUCUGUAUGUUUGAACCCUGUCAAUAAAGACACUGUAAUGUU